CGGGGGCCUCGGAGCACGGCGGAACCAUGCCUAAGUCCAAGCGGGAUCGCAAAGUGUCCCUAACGCGGACGCCCCGCAAGGGGCUGGAGGCCAAGCAGGCUCUGAUCACCGAGCUGCGGCGCUGUGUGGACACCUACAAGUACAUCUUCGUUUUCUCCGUGGCCAACAUGAGGAACAACAAGCUGAAGGAUGUGCGGAACGCCUGGAAGCACAGCAGGAUCUUCUUCGGGAAGAACAAGGUGAUGAUGGUGGCGCUGGGCCGGGAGCCGAGCAGCGAGUACAAGGAGAACCUGCACAAGGUAAGCAAACACCUGAGAGGGGAGGUCGGGCUCCUCUUCACCAACCGCACCAGGGACGAGGUGGAUGAGUGGUUCUCCAAGUUCCGGGAGCUGGACUUUGCCCGUGCUGGGAACAAGGCACCGUACGGGGUGAGCCUGGACACGGGGCCCCUGGAGCAGUUCCCCCACUCCAUGGAGCCACAGCUGCGGCAGCUGGGGCUGCCCACGGCGCUGAAGAAAGGAGUGGUGACACUGCUUUCGGAUUACGAAGUGUGCAAGGAAGGAGAUGUUCUCACCCCAGAACAGGCCCGUGUGCUGAAACUCUUUGGCUACGAGAUGGCAGAGUUUAAAGUCACCAUGAAGUUCCUGUGGAAUUCUGAGACGGGAGACUUCCAGAAGCUCGUAGAAGACACAGGAGAGGAGGAGGAAGAGGAGGAGGAUGAUGACGAUGGCAGCAAUGAGGACUAACAGCUUGGACACCAGACAAACUAAUUUUAGGGACAAAAAGAGGAGAACAUUUCCCUUCCCUGGGUGCACCUGGACUGGGACGAUCUUCAUAUACAAUGACCUAACUAUGCUUUUUUUAUAUUUAUAUAAAUAUCUACGUGAAACUUCA